UGUGUGUGUGUGUGUGUGUGUGUGUGUGUGUGUGUGUGUGUGUGUGUGUGUGUGUGUGUGUGUGUGUGUAGACUUCGGUCUCAGCAACACUCUGAAGGUAGACAGAGAGUCUGCUGAGCUGCUGAACACCCAGUGUGGAAGCCCAGCCUACGCCGCGCCCGAGCUGCUUGCCCACAGCAAGUAUGGACCCAAGAUCGACGUCUGGUCCGUGGGGGUCAGUAUGUUCGCCAUGCUGACUGGGACGUUGCCUUUCACUGUCGAGCCGUUUAACAUCAAACAGCUGCAUCAGAAGAUGGUGAACGGAGAGAUAGGAUCCAUCCCCAAUGAUAUCAGCAAAGGUGCAGUAGGUUUCGUUCUGUCCCUGUUGGAACCAGAGCCUUCUAAACGGCCGACAAUCAGAUCAGCGAUGGAGGAGAAAUGGAUCAAUGAGGGCAGAAAACCUCUACACACACUCACACACAGGAACAGGCUGCGUCCUGAGGAUCUGAACCAAUCCGUGCUGUCCUACAUGACAGAGUCUCUGGGUUACGGUCUGAGUGAUGUCACCACCAUGCUGACCAAUAACAGGCCUUCUGCCAUCCUGGCCUCCUAUCAGCUGCUGCUCAGCAAACUGACCCGCGGAGAGAAAGGGGCCAGGGGCAUCAAGAAGCUGGACACCAGUGAAUGGAAUCUGCCCAAGAAAACCAUCUGGAGAGAGAAGAGCAGCCCUGCAGCCAGGACACAGCAAGAUACUGAGCCGGCCAAUGAGAAGGUCUCUAAGCAGUCCAGCCGGCCGCCGAGGAGCCAACCACAGUCCACAGAGGAGGAAUGUCUCAGCGACAAGAAGAGACAGGAAGACCCUCCCACAGAGACACGCCCUUCUUCCACCUCUCUCCCCGUGCCUCCCUUCCCCUUCCCCACGCCUCUCGUUGAUGAAGAGCUCGCCAUCACACUGUUUCCUGAAGUCUCCGUGUUCGGGGACAGAGAGCUGGUCCAUGUCACGCCUCCUAAAAGCUCUGCCUCCAAGCUGUGUGACUCCACCCCCCUGCCACGCCUGUUGGAACCAACCAGAGAAGGCCAGGUCCGUCCAGUCCGUCUACCGAACUCGCUCAGAACCACGCACUCCAAUGGGACGGAACUCGACAACAGCCACCUCCUCCGCCACGACGACCACGACGACGACGACGGUUGUCGCGACGACCACGUUCACCAUCAUCGCCACGGCAACAACGACCGGUUAAAGAAGCUGCAGACGUUCUACUCCUCUAUAUCUCCCAGGAUGAUCCUGGAGACUACGGAGGUCCGUCCCUCGGACGGGGAACACCUGGCGGGCGCCAUGGAAACGGCCCAAACGGCCCCUCUCCCCCAGCUACGAAAUGCUGGGCUGAAGGAGGGAGGAGGGGAGGAAGAGGGGGAAGGUCACAUGGGUGGGUCACGUGGUACGGCCGCAGGGCACCACGGGACUGCUGGUCAGCGGGUCCAAACCCCCGGCUUUCCCCUCACAUAG